AUGGAGGGGCAGGAUAGCGAACAGCCCGACGCUGCCUACAGCAAGGCCAAGGCUUCGAAGUUCAGCUUCAAAUCGAAGUCGAGCCGCCGCUCAAAGCGGAGCGGGGACGAUAACGAAGCACACACGACUUCGCCAAGACAAGGUGUGGAGGAUGCCUUCCGCGAGUCCCUCUUCGAUGCCCUUGCCGACGAUGAAGGUGCGGCUUACUGGGAAGGUGUCUAUGGCCAACCAGUACAUAUAUAUCCCGAUACCAAACCGGGGCCCGACGGCAAGCUCGAGCGUAUGACGGAGGAGGAGUAUGCCGAGUACGUCAGAGGCAAAAUGUGGGAGAAGAGCCACCAGCACAUCAUCGAAGAGCGCGAGGCAAGGGAAAGAGCACGCAAAAAGAAAAAGGAGCAACGGGACCACCUGCAUGAUGAUGUGAGUCGCGAGGAAAAAGAGCGGGAGCAGAUGCGACGCCAGAUGGCAGAGAGUCUCAAGCGUGGUGCCGAGCGCAAGAAGGCCAAGGAGAAGGAGGCUGCUUGGAGCAUGUAUGAGAAAAAGUGGGAGGAGUUCAAAAGUGCGCAGAGCAUCGCUCAAGAUGCUAAUGUUCAAGUGUGCGACCUAGUCCCGUGGCCCGUCUGUUCUGGGAAGGUGAUGCAUGUCUCCAAAGAGGAGAUCGAGGACUUCCUCCGGAAUUCACGCAUGUGGAAGGUCGAUCCGGCUGCACUCUUGAAAAUCGAGCGUGUACGAUGGCACCCCGACAAGAUGCAGCAACGCUUUGGACAGCACAUUGAUGCCGACACUAUGAGGUCCGUCACUGCUGUUUUCCAGGUCAUCGACCGGCUAUGGAACGAACGCCGUUGA